CGCUGGGUAGUCAAGACGCCCUGGAGUUUGGACCUGCUUAGCUGCUGGGUGGUGGCCGGGGUUCUGGGCGUGCCUGAGGCCGAGCCAGGUGACUUCGCUGAGCUGACAUUCCUGCUUUUCUUUCAGCCCCGGAUUCCUUUGCCUCUGUGACAGUGACGCACUUAAAAGUGACUCAGUUUCAGGGAAAGGAAAUUGGAGUGGACAGAGGCUGAAGACGGUGUAGACCGGCAGGGAAAGGCACGGUGAUGCCCUCAACCCGGUCCCUGCGGGGACGCCACCACGUAGUCUGUCCUGCCUGCACCCGGCCCCUGCGGGAUGCGGUGACCAUAGCCUGUGGACACACUGUCUGCCUUCUCUGCCUCCCGUGCACCCCGAUGGGGGCCAAGCUGCUAUGCCCGCUCUGUCAGGAGAAAGAAGAGGAGCAAACCCAGGCUGCAGUGGCCCCGGUACCCCUGGGUCCCCUGGGCGAGACCUGCUGUGAGGAGCACGGAGAGAAGAUCUAUUACUUCUGCGAGACAGACGCAGAGCUGCUCUGUGUGUUCUGCAGAGAGGGCCCCGCCCACCAGGCGCACACUGUACGGCUCCUCGAUGAAGCCAUCCAACCCUACAGGGAUCGUCUUAGGAGUCGGUUAGAAGCUCUCAGAAUGGAGCGGGACAAGAUGGAAGAUAGGAAAUAUCAAGAAGAUCAGAAGCUCCAAGAGCUCCUGAUGCAAGUUGAAAGCAAGAAGCAACAGGUUGAAGCUGCUUUUGAAAGGCUGACACAGGAGCUUGGAGACCAGAGAUGCCUCCUGAUGACCAGGCUGGAGGGGCUAGAACAGCAGAUCUGGAAGGAGAGGGAAGAGUACAUCACAAAAGUCUCUCAGGAGGUCCAUCGGCUGGGUGCCCAGGUUGAGGAGCUGGAGGAGAAGUGUCAUCGACCAGCAAGUGAGCUUCUGCAAGAUGUCAGACACAACCAGAGCAGAUAUGAGCUGAAGACUUUUGUGAGUCCAGAGGCCAUUUCCUCUGAUCUUGUUAAGAAGAUUCGAAACCUCCACAGGAAAAUACUUGGCCUCCCAACGAUGAUGAGGACAUUCUUAGAUCACAAACCCAAGCCUGGUUCUCUUCGAAAACGUAAUGUCCACCUGAUUGUCAGCUGCACCGUGGGAGUGGCCGCUGAGGUGGCCUGGGUAAGGGGAGAAUAG